AUGACCUUGAGUUUGUUUAACCCAGUCAGCAAGAAUUAUUCUCCAAGACGUGCAUUUAAGAAUAAGGGUGUUCGCAUCCUCUUUGAUCUAGGUUACAUGAAAGAUUUGAUGGGCGAAGUGUGCUCCAUUAGGCAAGAUGGAACACAAGUUCGCAGUACAAUUGAUGGCGAAGUUAAAAUCCUUAACCUUAAAAAUCUACGACGAGUCCGUGUUAUUGGUCCGGUGGAAGUGGAUAGUGUUGACAAUAUGGUGAACUUGAGAAAUCAACCAAUAGCUUCAAUGCCGCCGCACGUUUACGGACUUGCUGAAGGAAUGUAUCAAAACCUAUUGCAUGAUGGUGUUGAUCAAGUCGUAAUCAUUAGUGGUGAGUCUGGUGCAGGUAAGACGGAAGCAUUUAAAAGAAUUUUACGUCAUCUUGCGGCCUCCAGUGAGGGAGAUCAGAUUACAUGGGGUUCUGCUGCUCAGGGAGUGCUAGAAAGUACUCCACUUCUCGAAAGCUUUGGUAAUGCCACUACUUUGAGAAAUGACAAUUCAUCUCGCUUUGGCAAGUUCGUAGAGGUUUUCUUUACUGGUCCAUCUAUUAUUGGAGCUCGAGUAACAAACUACUUGCUUGAAAAAUCCCGUGUUGUACAGCAGUCUACUGGCGAAAGAAAUUACCACAUUUUCUAUCAAUUUUUGAGCGGUCUAGACAAGGAAACAAAAAAUGCUCAUCACUUCACAUCUGUCUCAGAUUUUGCUUAUCUUCAAUAUGUAGAGACAUUGGAUCAUAUUGCAAGUGAAUUAUCCAUCAAUCGUCAAACACUGGCUAAUGUUCUCACAACUAAAGUUACGCGGCUGAAUCUUGCAUGCUUUAAAGUUUCCUCAUGUGAGAUCUCAGUUCCCCAACUAUGGAUUAAGAAAUCUGCAGAGCACAGUUUGCAAGAGAGAGUGGUCAUAUUACUUGCAUAUUAUUCAUAUUUUCUCCCAUUGUUCGGGAUUGUCGAUAUGUUUGAUUGGUUUCCCUGUUCUUCGUUUGUAAAUCAAGUUAUCACGCAAUAUAACAACGGGCGAAUACCAAGACACUGUUCUAGACUCAUCCUUGUGUCUAAUACAUUUACAAACGCAUAUUUGAGUACUGGAUUGUGCAAAAACUGGCAUUUUGGCGCAUAUCCCCGCACACAAAAACGUUUGUAUGAUCGUCUCAAUUUCACUUGUACUCUGGUGACAGGCAUAAAAUAG